UCUCUUUAGGAGGAUUUGCUGACAGGCAAAGCACAUCCUCCCCUCCCACCCAAACUCUGGGUGAGUGCUAGUGUUAAAAUCCCAAAGGCAGGAGCUAAAAUAGGCCAACGGUGACUGCAAAAGUGAAUAGAGGGAACGGUGGUGUAAAGCUGCCCUCCCUGCAGCCCCCCAGCCAGGCAUCCCCCCAGAAUCCAGGCAGGGUCCCCAUGGGGUGAGCCGGGGAGCACCGGUGUGUGGGCACCCUACAAGUGCCAGAGGGUUUUGGGGGGGAGCUGCUGACCCAGGCUGCAAACGGAGCCCCCGCCAGGCAUCACGGAACUGGAGGUGCGAGAGCACUCGUGUCCAGGGCAGCUCCCACCUCUCUACCUCCAUCUCCCCGCGUGUCGCAGGAGAACGAGAGUCUGUGAGUGAAGGGUGGUGGUGGUGGGAACUCCUUCCCUCGCUCCCAUCGGGAUGGUGCUUCGAGGAGGGAAAAGCAGAUAAUAGCUGUGAAGACAAAGAUCCCCGAGAUUGCUGCUUAAUUAAUUCAGGAGAAGAAGAAUAUCAGACUCUCAUACUGAUUCACCUCCUAGCAAAAGACAUCGUGUUCCUCAGCCUUCGUUGACAUAUGGCUGUUGUUUCCAGCCCACCAGCAGCUCCCGCUCCCCGACAGGCAGGCACCGUGAUCGCCUGCCCCGGGGAGGAUUCGGGCCGAGCGGGUGGCUGGUGGGAUGCCUAGGAUGGACAGGGCAGGACUGGGGGAGCGAGGGUUCAUGUCCACGCCGCGAUCUCUCCUGCUGCAGGGUUGUAGCUGAGAGCAGGAUUUGGCUCCUGAGUCAGGAUGAGCCAAGCAGGGUCCUGCCUUGUGACUCCUCGCCUCGCUGCGGCUCUGCCUCUCCCUGCCUCCCCCCUCAAACCCUUCAGGCCACUGAAAAUCCCCUCCCUGCGGCUGCACAAGCACCCUGAGUGUCAAAACCCAACUGCAGCAGGGGCUGGGGGUGCUGCCGGUGGUUUUAAUGCAGCAAGCGAAAUAGCACCAUUGCGGGAGCUCCGGGGGGUUGGUUACUCCCUCCGGUAAAAACCACAGCGGGAAUUUUUCCAGCGAUUCUCCCAAGUGUAGGCAGGGCCCUGAUUAGCUUCACCCGUGCGGGAUGGUCAUUGAAUCAUCCCUGCAGAGGUGUCCCCCUCAGUGACCUGCAAGCCCAGGGCACAAGGGACAGUCCCCAGCCCGGAGGGCGUGGUGUGAACUAGAAACUUCUGGGGUCAGCGCAGUACGGAGGGGCAGCGAGGCACAGGGACCCCCCAAAGGCUCCUGGGAUCUGCCCGUCUGCACCCACACAGCCGCUCCCCACGCAGGGCUCUCUGCUGGGUGCUGGGCAAGAACACGCUCCCCACCCGCCACCGUGGGAUUGUGGCACCAGCCCAGCUCAGACCGGCGACCGGGGAACCGCGGCGGCUCGUUUGUUUGUUCCCGGCCGGGCAGCGCUUGGCGGUGCUGUUUGUUCUCCCAGCACAGUUGGAGGAGCAGGACCGGCCCCUGUGGCACCCAGCCUGUUCCCGCUCCCCCGGGCUCCCUCCCUGCUCGCCAGCCUGUGCUGCUUGUUCUUGGCUCCCUCAGAGCCUCGCGGUGCCUCUUCUGCAAACACACGGCGUAGGAUCCUCUGCCCCUUCGACUCCUUAACCACAGCCAUGACAGAGGGAGAGGAUCCGGCCGCCUCGCGGAGCACCAGCCGGAGCGACCAGGGCAUCCUCAUGCCGGAACCGCAUCCUCCCGACUCCUGUCCUGGGAAAAGGAUAUUGCUCUUAAAUUCUCUGCUGGGUGUCUUUCUGGACAAGGGGGACGUGACCGCGCUCAGCCUGCCCUCCACCACUGGGCACGGCGACGCCGACGGCACCGUCUGCCUGGACGUCCCCGAUGGCACCCCUGACCCUCACAGGACAAAAGCUGCCAUUGAGCACCUGCACCAGAAGAUCCUCAAGAUCACCGAGCAGAUCAAGAUCGAGCAGGAGGCUCGGGAUGACAACGUGGCCGAGUACCUGAAGCUGGCCAACAACGCGGACAAGCAGCAAGCCUCCCGCAUCAAGCAGGUUUUCGAGAAGAAGAACCAGAAGUCGGCGCAGACCAUCGCGCAGCUGCACAAGAAGCUGGAGCACUACCACAAGAAGCUGAAGGAGAUCGAGCAGAACGGCCCUUCCCGGCAGCCCAAGGAUGUCUUCCGGGACAUGCACCAGGGUCUCAAGGAUGUGGGCGCCAACGUUCGCUCCAGCAUCAGCGGUUUUGGUGGCGGCGUGGUGGAGGGCGUCAAGGGAGGGCUCUCGGGUCUGUCCCAGGCCACCCACACCGCCGUGGUCUCCAAGCCCCGGGAGUUCGCCAGCCUCAUCCGGAACAAGUUCGGCAGCGCGGACAACAUCGCCCACCUGAAGGACACGUUGGAUGACGGGCACCCCGAGGAGGCUUCGCGGGCUCUCAGCGGCAGUGCCACCCUGGUCUCCAGCCCCAAGUACGGCAGCGACGACGAGUGCUCCAGUGCCACCUCCGGCUCGGCUGGUGGCAGCAACUCAGGGGCAGGACCCGGCGGCUUGGGGAGCCCCAAGUCCAACACGCUGGACAGCCACCACAAUAACUUUGACACCAUCCUGGAGGAGCUCCGGGAGAUCAAAGACAGCCAGUCGCACCUGGAGGACUCCAUGGAGGACCUCAAGGCCCAGCUGCAGCGGGAUUACACCUACAUGACGCAGUGCUUGCAGGAGGAGCGGUACAGGUACGAGCGCCUGGAGGAGCAGCUCAACGACCUCACCGAGCUGCACCAGAACGAAAUGACCAACCUGAAGCAGGAGCUGGCCAGCAUGGAGGAGAAGGUGGCCUACCAGUCCUACGAGAGGGCACGGGACAUCCAGGAGGCCGUGGAGUCCUGCCUGACGCGGGUGACCAAGCUGGAGCUGCAGCAGCAGCAGCAGCAGGUGGUGCAGCUGGAAGGGGUGGAGAACGCCAACGCCCGGGCGCUGCUGGGCAAGUUCAUCAACGUCAUCCUGGCCCUGAUGGCUGUGCUGCUCGUCUUCGUCUCCACCAUCGCCAACUUCAUCACCCCGCUCAUGAAGACCCGCAUGCGCAUCCUCAGCACCGCCCUGCUCGUCCUCUUCCUCUUCUUCCUCUGGAAGCACUGGGACUCCGUCAGCUACUUUCUGGAGCACGUCCUGCUCCCCAGCUGAUCCACAGCCCCGCCGCUGCGGCCCCGGGGGCUUUCCAUUUCCCACAGAGGAGAGGGCCGGGGAGGGGACGGUGGUCCAAGGCUUUCAGGUUGUUUUCACAUGCUCGGUUCAGUUGCUUUCCUGGCCCUCCACCCUCGCUGCAGUUGGCAGCGAUCGCUCGGAACGCAGCGUGUCGGAGCCGGGAUCCGUCAGUCCUCUGGGAUGUUUGGGGUGAGUGGGAUGGGGAACGAGGAGGAGUUUUGGAAGAAACUGGGUAUUUAUGGGGCGCUGGGUUUUUCUAGGGGUUUUGGGUGGUUUUUUAAAUGUCAUUCUGUUCUGGAAGUCCGUGGGAAGGAGGUCUUCUGUCAGUGGGGAGGAUUGAGCUGGACCAAACCCGGCUCCGGGAGAACUUUCUGCGGAGAGAAGAGAGGGGUUAGUGGGGGCUGGGUUUUCCCUUCCAUCCUUGAAGACCACAAGAUGGCAAAAAACUCAGAUGGAGCGAAAGCAAAGCACGUGGCGAAGGAGAAAGCGGGUCCAAGGCAAAUGCAACAGGACACGCACAUCCCACCAGCCUCCCCCAACCCCACCGCAGCCCAGCCAGGACAGAGCGGGGCUGUGACACUGUCCCCGUGUCCCCACGGGGGCCUGCCCAGACACAGGGGACCCGAUGCUGGAGACAGCACUGGCACAAGCGAGAUCCCCUCUGCUGGUUUCCCUUCAUUUAUUUAUUUCCCCCUCCUUCAGCUUUAGUUGAUCUGAUCUCUUCAGGGACACCUGGACUUUCCAGCAUCACGCCUCUGAGUUUUACAGCCUCUGCACCGUGUCGUGUGUCUGUGCGUGUGUGUGCGCGUGCGGUUUUUAAUUUAAUUCAAGACUCUGUUUCCAUUUGUGAAUCAAAGCUGGUAGAGCGGGAGGAGGCAAGCAGCUGCCUUCCCAGCCUCCCCGGCCCUACACAAGAGCACAGCAUGCUGUCUCGGAUGUUUCUUAAAUUAUUUCAUACAUAUAUAUUUAUGUAAUAUAUCUAUACACACACAUAUAUAUAUAAAUAUAUAUAUAAAAGUAUAUGCACAGUC